GUAACCCAUGGUCAUAGGUGGCACGAAGUGUAGUCGCGAUGGUCUCCGUAAAAGCGCGCCAGACGCACACAGGAAGUCCAUCGCAGACGGUCAUCCAUUAAAACAGUACCACAACCUCAAAGUUAAAAAAAAACACACACACACACACACACACAAUAUUCCGAACAACGAUGCAGCAGAAGAGUUUCAUACUGAUAUCUUUGGCGUUGCAAAUAUACGUGACUCAAUGUCUCCCAAUCACGAGGAAGGAAAGUGUAAAUUCUCAUGGGAGAGCUUCUAACAGGAGACUCAUUUUCACUCACGGUGCUAAUGCCACUUUGGUCCCCGAGGGAGACUCGGUCUUCAUCAGCUACACGAAAGAAGAGCAGAUAUGCUGUCGCCCUGAUGUGGCUGGGCUGGAAGAUCUCGCCGAUUACCAAGUCUCCUGGCAUGACAAACACGGCGACAUGGUAGAAAGCUGGAACGCAGAAAGACGCGUUUUCUCACUUGGAGGCGAACACCUUCCUCAUUCCUACCUUGUCUUCACUGACUUUAGCGAAAGCCUCUCUGGGCCCUACACCUGUGUCCUGUGGCACAGAAGGGCCGUUAGACUCCUCCAGGCGACCGUCUAUGUUGAAGAGACUUUCUGGGAAGAUGUUCCUCAGUGGCUGAGAAUUUUCUUUUAAAAUCCAAGAAUAUA